AUGCGAGAAGAUUCUCAAGUUUUUACUGAUGAGGCACAGAUGGGAGCCGAUCUAGGAUCCGUAAGCGUGGCGGAACGGAUGAGAUGGGCAAGCAAGAGAGAGACAACAAGGACAGAAGACAUUGCUUAUUGUUUACUCGGGAUCUUCGAUGUGAAUAUGCCGCUUCUAUACGGCGAGGGUGAGAAAGCAUUCACACGGCUACAAGAAGAAAUCAUGAAGAACUCUGACGAUCAAACAAUCUUCGCGUGGGUACCUAGCAGCGCCGGGUCUUCCGACAUACUGAAUAUGGACGACAUCUCCUUCCAAUACAUGCAACUUCAAGGACACGUACCAGUCACCAAGUCGGACGAGCUUGUUGAGUCUAAUGAGAUCGACAUCACGCCCACGAACGUUCGUGGAAUUUUCGCGAAUCAUCCAAAUGACUUCAGGUCACCGUCAGUCUUGACACCUAGGAUAAUAGCGCUCCAAGCCAGCCUCGACGCCGACGUUGAGCAACCCUACAUGCUGACCAAUAAAGGAGUAGAGAUAACCUUGAUUAUGAUCACGCUGGUACCCACAGCCAAGAUAUCUGUAGCUGUGCUGGGCUGCGCAGAAAGAAAUUUCUCUGACUCACUUAUCGGUAUUAUCGUGCAGGCAGAUCCCAAUAAGCCGAUGCAGUUAUACCGACGAGAGGGCUACGGUUUGGUGCGAGUGUGGACGCAUGAUCUGGUCAAUGAAGGGAAAGCGCGGAGGGUAUAUCUGAGCAAAAGGCCUUUGAUCCAGGGUGUGAUCUAG